CAGGGCGGCAAGAGGGACGGACGCCCUGCGCGAGUGUUGUGAGUGGAUUGUGAGGAAAUAAAAUAUGGAGCAUCGACUAGCGACUGUUUAUUUAACAAUGAUACUCGUGUUCGCCAACGAAAUGUCAACAGCCGUUCCGGCCGAGAAUAAAAGGCGAAAAGAAAAAAAUGGCUUCCAAAAGAAUAUCUGCGACGUCUCAGAUCGAGAAUCAAAAGUGCAUUGCUAUUGUGAAAAUACGAGAGAACCUAGAAAUGCGACGAAAGCGGAGUGUUGGGUGUUUAAUGGAGGAAUACCUAGAGACGACCCCAUCUGGAAAAGUUUUGCUUCCCAACCUUUAUUGCAAAGUUUGUCGUUCAAUGUAAGGGUAGACGGCGCUAUGAACUACGUCCCAACAAAACCGCUCCAGUAUUUACAGAGGCUCAAACAUAUUAAUAUCAAAUACGGAAACAUUGCAAACGUGAGCUCAUACGCUUUCGCCAAUCUGACGAAUUUAAAGGAGGCGACGCUAACGUCAAACCAAAUAGAGGCUUUGAAGCCCUACGCGUUCGCCCACCUUCCCAACCUGACAGUGAUAAAUUUGGAGGAGAACACGAUACUUGAAAUAGGCAGGGACACGUUCUUUGAUGUACCGAAAUUACAGAAAUUGAUGUUCACCAAGAAUAAUAUUUCCUACAUAAAUGAUGGAGCGUUUCAACAUACGUUCAAUCUAUUGGAAUUAGAUCUGAACAGGAAUAGUAUUUUCUCCUUAAACCGACAUACCUUUGAUGGAUUGGCCAAUUUGCGGAAAUUGGAUCUUAGAAGAAACCAUAUUUACAAUUUGACUGAGUUCACUUUUGCCGAACUCUGGAACUUGCAAGAGUUACUUCUGUCCUAUAACGAUAUCAAAUACGUAUCGGCCAGGGCGUUCGAUGGCCUCUCGCAACUUAGGAAAUUAUCCCUCGAUAAUAAUAAUUUGGCCUCGAUUCCUGCGGAUUUAUUCGCUGGAGUUAGGGGAUUGAGCGUAUUGGAUUUGAGCUCGAAUCACUUACACAAAAUUACUUACGAUGACAUUAAACCCAUUCUGGAUAAUUUGAAACCAUCAAACAGCAGCUUACAACUUGAAGGUAACAAAUUCAUCUGUGACUGUAGGUUGAAAUGGAUGUACACACUCAGGGACGAAACUGACAGUAAAAGCACUAAAGACUCGCUUUUAAAAGUAACAUGCCAAGAUGAUGAACGGAUAGUUACUUCUGCUUUUAACAGACUAGAAAAUAGAGGAGAAUCGAAUAUCGCAAUCAAAAACAUAGAAGAAAAUGAAGGCGUUAAAGUAAAUAAAGACAUUAAAAACAAAUCUAAAAGUGGUAUCAGAAAUGUAUUCAAAAUAUCACCAGAGUCUCUACCAUGCCCAGUUCCUAAGCCAGAAACUACCAAACUUCCGUUUGUAGUAGACUAUGUAAAGCCUUUUGAUCAUAAUACAAGGCCUCUAAGAUUCCAAGAAAUUAAUUAUGCUAAUAAGGGAACUAUGGUUGAAUGUAUAUUCGGCAGCUUAUUGUUCCUUUUCUAUUUCACUUAGGGUAUUUUAAACAUUAAUUAAACGUUUGUAAAUAUAAUUAUUGUUAUGAAA